AUGAACAAUAAACUGCAUGAUGCCACUGAAUACCCAACAAUGUUGACAUCAUCCCUCAAUCCGAACGAAACACUGCACCCAGAAGAAGUUUCUGCUCACAUUUUGCGCACUCUCAGAGAAGUGGCGGAGAAUCACACCGGGUGCGUAGUCACAAGGGCAGUACUAGGCAUACCGGCCUAUUUCAACGAUGCCCAACGCGACGCGACACUAAAAGCAGCAGAGCUGGCGGGAAUCCGGAAGACGAAACUACUACGUGAACCUGAAGCAGCAGCGUUGGCGUAUGCAAUUGGGAAAGAGCAAGUUGGACGAGGUGAUGACGACGAAUUGGUGCUUGUCUUCGAUCUUGGAGGCGGGACGUUUGAUGUCAGCAUGCUUGUUGUGGGUGGAGGUGUUACAGAAAUUAUUAGUACCUCGGGUAACGCUCAGUUAGGAGGCUCUGACUUUGACAAUCGGAUAGCGCAGUAUUUUCUCAAGCUCUUGCGGGGACAUGGAAUUUCUACGAAGAAAUGGUCGGUGACAGCGAUAAACGCAGUUGUUCGCUCUGCCGAAAAGAUAUUGCAUUUGGCAACAACUGAUUGUGCCGCGACAGACGCUGGCACGUCGAAUGCCACACAUUUGCUUUGCGACUUCACCAGAAAGGAGAUGGAGAGUCUGUGUCGAGACGAGUUUCAACAGUUGAUUCGACCGGUCCGGGAAGUUGCGAUAAUAUCUGUUCGCGAUGGAAUUUCUGGACGCCCAAUAUCUCGUGUCGUGUUAGUCGGCGGUGCCACCAGAAUGCCAUGUAUAGGUCGGCUGCUUUCAGUAUUGACAGGAAUUGUCCCACAGAAAACUGUAAAUCCUGAUGAGGCUGUUGCUUUGGGUUGUGCAGUGCACGUCGGUGUGCUCGAUGGAACUGAA